AUGAGAGACUUCAUAAGUACUUCGUCGCAUGUGAUGAAAAGCAGUCAAGUUAACAACGGCCACACACUGACUAUGAAGACCGAGGCGCUCAAAUCCAACUCGCUGCCGAAGUCGUUCUUCUCUUCACAUUAUUGUGCAAGAAGAAUUAACACGUUUAAAAAUUCCGUAAACAAACAUAUUCAAGGUAGCAUUAGAAGGUGGGACAGCAGAAGUCUAUCUGCUCGCGUAUUUUUUUUUGACCGAUUCCCAACAGUGUUGAAAUCUCGGAAACUUGGCAUUAUAGAUUAG